CUUUUGACCUCUCUCCCGCGCGUGACGGAGUCAACGUCGUUUCUGUGGUAACCGGGCUGCGCGUCCUCAUCGGAGCCCGGGACUCUCUGGAGUUGCAGGAUCAAAAAUGUCAGUACUCACUUCUCCAAGAGGAAAAGUUGAAGUGGUACAUUGCCGAAGAACAGAGACACAGGAUAUUUAUUGUAUCAAAAACCUCAUUAGAAAAUUUACCCAGAAGCUCUUUGGAAAUCUUAAUAUCAUCUAUCUUCUGGAGAAAGCAAACCUUGCCAUCACCCUCCACAAUGAUCAAGAGGAGAUCAUGGCCCAGGCCACCUUCCUGGAUUACCCCAACUGGAAUAUCGCCACGCAGGACGAUUGGGUGUCUGUGUUCCGGGAGCUGGACAGUGACAUACCAUGCACACCUCUGAACACACUGUUCAUGCACCUCUUUGUGGCUGUGGACGAGUAUUCUGUCGGCUGUUGCAAAGAGAUUAUUCGGACCGUGUUCAAGGCGGUGCUGGACCUGCACUUUGUCUUCCUCAUCGUGCCAUCCUGCAUGAGCCUCGGCUCCACUCUCAAAACCGUGUUCAGCCAAGUGGGGUGUGUCCCGAGCCUCACCAAUGACGAGGACUUUGCCGUGCACGUGUGUCACAGGCACAGCCACUACCCUCAGCUGCACAUCCGCAAAGCCAGGGUGGAAGAUCACGACGACCUCAUGCCAAUAUUCCUGCACCAUGACACCAUCCUGAAGGAGACGUAUGGCGAGUACUUCCUGGCUGAGCUCAUCGAGGCCCAAGACGAGGAGAAUCACGCUGUCGUGUGUGAGGUGGAAGGUGUGGCUGUCGGGUUCAUGAGCGUGUGCUCACAGGUGAACCUGGAGCUCCUGCACAAGUGCUUUGACCUGGGACCCUUCCAUGGACUCUGCAUCCCGCAUCAGGACGACAUCCUAGAACCACCCCAGGAGUUCAGCGUCCACGAAAGUUCAGACUCCCAGCUCGAGAACAGCAGCGAGGAAUCCCAGAAAAUAGUCAAGGAGCCGCAGGAAGCUGUGUCGCUGGAGACCAGGGAGAGCACCCAGAGAAAAGGCACAGAAGCCGCAGUGGAGGAAGCUUUGUCACCAGUCACAAGUGAGAACACUGGUGAAGUGGAGGACUCAGAAAAACUCAGUCAAGUGAGCAGUAUGGUUUACAUGGGUUACUACAUCAGCCAUAGGAGCUCAUUGUCCCUCUCUCUGCCUGAGGACACCAGCAGUUUCCACCCCAUCUACAAGGGCGCCUCCACCGCCUUCUGCAUCCAGCUGUUUUUUAUCGACGAGAAGUACGAAGCAAGGUCACUGGACUUUAUGAAUUUUGUUUUCCAUCUUUUCCAUGACAAGGACUUCUGCAUCGUUUCUGUGCCGCAUCUCACCCCUGAGUUUGUCCUCAUCCAGAGCUUCGUGAAGGUGGUUCCGUUCAACAACUGCACCCUAGAGCAGGACCUGUACGUCUUCCAUCGGGCAGGGUUGCUCAAGACCAUUAAAAUAAGAUUAGCUACCCUCUUGGACACUCCUGGUGUUGAAAAGCUCGUCAGCACCCUCAUGCCGUGUAAAAGCAUAUUGGAGGAUUUGAAGCAGUACAACGAGGCUCGAAGGGACCCUGAUGGAACACCACUUCAGGUAUUUGUAGCUGAAGUUGCAGAACAGGUAGUCGGCAUUGCAGUGAUCAGAAAUGAAAUGGAUAUAGAGUAUAUCCGAUCUCACUACAACAUUGAAGAUUUCAUCUACUUCAAUCACCACCAGCGCGAAGAGCACGGACACCUGUAUCACUUUGUCCUGAAUCCCAUUUUCCGGCACUACACCAAGUUUUUCCUCAAGGAGAUUCUCCGUUUAGGAUACAAAUCUUGUCUCUACUACCCUGUUUACCCACAAGUCAAGGAGGGCAAGGUCCAGAGCCCCAAGGCCCACUCGCUGACAUCCGCCCUCCACUACUUGGUUCCCGUGCGGCCCCGACGACAGAUUGUCUAUCCCCUGGAAAAGCUUGGCAUCAACGCUCCAUCAAAGGAGGUCUCCAAGGACGCGUUGAGUUAUGCCUUGAACCAUACAAACAGAAAACUAUCGUUGGAACCUAAAAUAACUGUCAAUGCCAAGAUUGUUGUUGUUGGCGCAUCCAACGUUGGAAUUUCCUUCCUAGAAACGCUGGUAUUUUGCUCUCAUCUGAAGUUCAGUAAUCUCACCUUGAUUUCAACCUACGGACUCCCAGGAAAAAAACUUCUGGGCAAUGAACAAAGGAAGUUUUUAGCAAAUGACCACUGCUAUAAUGACAGAGAUCAUGAAUUGAUGUCGCUGUGCUCCUGGGUCAACGUGGUGGUUGCUAAGAUGACCGCCAUAGACCGAGCAGCCAAGCAGGUCGUCGUUUCGAGAGAGAAAGUCGUGCUCUAUGACCACCUCAUCCUCUGCACCGGACGGCAGUACCAGGUCCCAUGCCCGACGGAGGUGGAUAUUAACCUCCAUCCGACCAACAGAGAGGUUUCAAACAGCUGCCUGCGGCGGUACACCGGCCCAAUUCCCUGCAAUCAUUUCACCCUCAACGAUGAGGAGGAUUGCCUGAGGGCCCUGGCCUGGAUCAAGAACAACUCCAUCACUGCCGAAGGGAACAUCAUCAUCUAUGGGAACUCAAUUGACACAUACACCACUGUGGAGACCCUCUUGAGCCUGGGGGUCAGGGGCUCCUGCAUCCACCUGGUACAGCACCCACCCACAUCCAUCAUCACCUGCAUCAACGACUGCGCCGUGGAGGGCGCGAUAGAGGACGCGCUCCAGGCCGCGGGGGUGAAUGUGUACCGGGACGCACUGCUGGCUCAGUGGAACAACGGGCUGUACCCGGACCCCAUCCACACCGCCAGCUUCACUACGCCCACCAAGCCCUUCCAGCUCCCCUGCUCCAUGUUCUUCAGCUUCCUUGAGAAGAACGUGGAUUAUGAAACGUUCAAAGCCUUCAAUGAUGCAUGCCUGGUCUACGAUGGCCGACUCGUGAUCGACAGCAACUUCCACACCAAUGACAUAGCCAUCAGAGCUGCCGGCCCCCUCACCAAGUUCUCUAAUAGGUACUAUUCGAAUGAGUGGACUCACAGCAACUUCAAUUCCAAAGAGAUCGGCUUCCAACUGGCAGCAGCAAUGCUCAAGCUCUUCGAUCCGACUCUGGAGCCUGUGACCGAACCACCGGCCGACCUUGACCGACUCAUCCCCAUGUACAAGGGAGCCAAGAUCAAAGUAUGUUGGUUACACAGUGGAGGAGGACAGAGAAAGGGAACAUCUUGGCCACGUUUACAAAGCCUUGGAGGCAUCCUCCCUGGGUCUUACCAUUACUUGCAUGUCUCCAAGCCCGCCAUUCCAACCCCUUUGGAGGUACAGAGGGCCCAGUCUGAUUUUGGUUCAGAAAUAAUAACGGGUAACGUGAAGAAUGGGAAUUACUUCCGCAUCCACAUCAACAAGUACAGGAUGGUGGAAACCAUCACAUGCCUUUCCAAAGUGCCUUUCCCCGCUUCCAACUACAUCCGCUUGUUUGGUCAGCACGAGCAGGCCCUCAACAACCUGUGCGCUCGGUAUGAAGAUGGGCUGGUCCCAGAUCUCUACAGCUACUUCACGGAGCCGUGGUGCAUGGCCCUCUUUCACGAUCGUUUUAUUGAUCUCCGGAAAGCGUUACACCAAAUCUUAUCCUCCAAGGAGGAUGAAAACCUUCCUUCUAUGGAAGAGUUAGCCCGUCAGAUCGAAGAUGAGGAAAUCAACCUGCCAGAGAAGCCCAGGAAUUACCUCAAAAGAGUUUUCCAGGAAACCAUCUACAGGCCUCUGGUGGAGAAGAGCAUCCUUGACUACCUGCACUACAAUCAUUACCACCUGCCCAUGUACGCGUGGCCGGGCAUCAUUUAGCUGCGGCCACCGCCUCCACGUGAUCGUUUCCACGCGUGUCGUUUCGGGAAGUGCUCGAUAGAAGCAGGAAACCUGGCUGGACCGCCGGGCACCAUCCUUUUCUGCGGCCACUAGAUGCCUGUAGUUUCCUAUCGUCCCAGUAGGUGGCGCACGGCGGUGCGACUCGGUUCUGGGGCACGGAGAGGCUUUACCCACACCAGGCGUGUUCCUGGCCAGAAUAACCCAGUUUAGCAAUAAAAUGAGACCGUUAGUGUGCAAAA